GAGAAGGCUGUCUGGUAUCAUCAUCCGAAUGUUGACCGUCUCGGAGAGAUGAUUGAACUCGUCUCGCUUGCGCAUACACACACCUAUUCUCGGGAAACAUUUUCCGUUUGCAACAGAGUGCACACUCGCUCAAACGCAUUCCUCAAAGUGUUAUGCUCUGUGUUGUUUACAGUUGAUUAACUCUUUCUGAGUUAUGGAUGUCUUGAGUCAAAAGAUACGCAUGUGCUUUAUUGCGUUGGUGUUACUGAACGCGGUGGGCAUAUCUUUUGCUGUUAAAAGGACGUACGUCAGAGGAUCAGAGCGUCUCCAUCCACCUCUGGACAUUGAGCUGGAGACGAUCAACUGCACUGCAGUCCGGGUCAAGUGGUGGAUACCCUUGAGACACAUCAGUACUGUAACAGGUUACAAGGUGUUUUACACUGAGAUGAGGAAUGGCCGUCCAGCAAGUUCAGCAGUAGCAGUGAAUGUUCGUCUCAGUCUGGACGUGUUGGCUGCAGUAAAGUUCAAUGGGCACGCCAUUUUUGAUGUAGAAAUUGGCAGUUUGAAGAUGGCAGCUCAGUAUGUGUUUAGUGUCGGUGCGUAUGGAUGGGCAGGAGAGGGACGACCCAGCGUGCCACGGAGAGUCAGCACCUUCCAACCAGAGAUGUGCAUGCCCCCCUCGGCCCCCUCACAACCAGCCGUAAGGGCUGUUUCGGACACUGAAACCGAGUUGUCAUGGAAACGGAGUGAAAGAAAGGGAAGCUCACCUGUCCUUCAUUUCAUUGUGUAUUAUAUCAGACCAGAGCUGGACUCUGAUUGGACGUCCCUAAAGGAUCCAGUGAACAGCAGCUCGGUGGUUGUGAGAGGACUGGAUCCUGACACUCAGUACCAUUUUGCUGUCCAGGCAGUCAAUGUCUACGGAGCCAGCCCACACAGUGACAUCACUGACCCAGUGUGGACCUUCAGUGUGCAGGAAGGGGGCAGCGGGAGUUUGGGUCAGGGUUCUCCUGGCAACGGCAACAUUCAUCUGGAGGAUUUGACUGAUGUUAAGAACUCUGAUUAUGGGGCCCUCAUUCAGGAGCCACUUUUCUCUCCAGAAGAAGACCGACGAUCUCUGCCGAGGUCCCGAACAUGGAGUCCCAUCUCACACGCAGGGGGAGGAAGAAUGUCUUCUAGAGAGAACACUGCUGAUUCUGGCACCAUCAUCACUGUUAACAAGGCAACCACUAUAAUAUCCACCUCUACCACACUCAUUCCUACCAACCACACCCAUACCACCAACCCAGUUGCCCUCACCUCGUCUCCAGGCCUGGAUAGCCUUCUGCCGACCCCUAGCUCAGCCCCACUCCCGGCACGCUCCACCCUGGCUGGCCCCCUCUCCCCUACCCCUCCCGGCCCCAGGUCCCAGUGGAAGGGACAGGUGAGGGGGCUGUAUGACCUGGCCUGUGAGGACGCUGUAUGUUCUCUCAACAGUGUGUGUAUAGAUGACUACCAAAGUGGGGGAUCUCGCUGUUACUGUGCCCUGGGCCGAGGAGGGGACGCCUGCUCUCAGGUUGUAGUGGUGAAAUAUCCACAGUUUUACGGCUUCUCCCAUGUUGCCUUUGAGCCUCUGAAGAAUUCCUACCAAUCCUUUCAGAUCAUGCUUGAGUUUAAGACUGACUCCGAGAAUGGCCUUCUGUUGUUCUGUGGGGAGAAUGAACAUGGCAGUGGAGACUUCACCUCGCUGGCUCUCAUACAUGGGAAGCUCCACUUUAGGUUUAACUGUGGCACAGGCACUGCCCAGAUAGUGAGUGGGAGUCGGGUGGCACUGGACCAGUGGCACAGUGUCGUUGUCGACAGGGAGGGUGCGAUUGGCUGGCUAAGACUGGACAAUGACACACCUGUCACAGGACACUCACAGGGCGACUACAAUAAGAUCACAUUCAGAACCCCUCUUUACGUGGGCGGCUCCCCUAAUGCUUAUUGGCUGGCCAGGACAGCAGGGACCAAUCGUGGUUUCCAGGGGUGUAUCCAGACGCUAAGUAUCAACAGCAGGGUGACAGACAUGAGGCCUUGGCCAAUGGGAUGGGCUCUUAGUGGGGCGGAUGUGGGUGAAUGCAGUGCCAGUGUCUGUGAAGGGGUCACCUGUGCCAAUGAAGGAACUUGCUUUGCCAGCCAUGCAGAUGGGUACAUAUGUCUGUGCACACUGGGUUAUAGGGGUCCUCUAUGCCAGGAGAGCUUCCAGCUGGUGGUGCCGUACUUUAAUGCGUCUGUGCUGUCGUACGCCAGCGCCCCCUGGCCUCGGUCCUCCAGACACUACCUGUCCUGGAUGGAGUUUGAGGUGACCUUCAGGCCGACGGCUCCUGAUGGCAUUCUGCUCUACAGCCAGGACUCAGCCAGCAGAGACUUCCUGUCAAUCAGUCUGCUGGGAGGAUACUUGGAGUUCAGCUUCGACUGUGGCUCUGGGACAGCCACCAUCAGGUUAAGGAUAACAGUAGGGUUGCUUAGUCGUGGGAGAGUCCUGUUUUUGAGAAGCAUGCACAUUUUUUUAUUUUUUUUAUUUCAACAUGUUGACAUUGUGGAGCACUCACAUUCUGAGGAAAUGCCAUCUAUGUGCAGAACCAAGGCAUUACAUAAAUGUAAGCAAAUAGGAGAAAUGGUGUGUCUGGUAAGUACUGGUAAGGUUGCUGUAUCGUUCAUGUGCAGGAGUGAAGAGACGCUCACAAUGAACGAGUGGCAUGAGCUGCGUGUCUCCAGGACGGGCAGAGAGGGCAUCCUGCAGGUGGAUAAUCAGAUGCCCACACACAGUCUGGGUGAGGGAGCAUUCACUCAGAUCAGGUGCAGCGGUCCUCUGUACAUCGGGGGCGUUCCAGAACACACCAACCCCAGGACUAAGAUCAACGCUGGUGCUGCCUUGCGCCACCACUUCACUGGCAGUAUCCAAAAGAUCACUCUUAAUGAGCGCAGCAUCCGUCUGCCCCAGGACUUCUCUGAAGGGGUAAACAUGGAGAACUCCCUGCACCCCUGUGUAGACUCCCCCUGUGCCAACAGGGGCACGUGCCGCCCAAAACAGGCCUUGUAUGAGUGUGACUGCCCCCUGGGAUACACUGGAAAGCACUGUCUACAAGUAACCGAGGCAACUGAGACUCCCCAGUUUAUUGGACGAAGCUACCUCGUUUAUAACAACAAGGACAUUUUAAAGAGGGUGUCCGGCUGCAGGACUCAUGUGUUGCUGCGCUUUAGGAGCUCUGCUCAGGAUGGCUUGUUGCUAUGGCGAGGCCACACUCCUGUGAGAGCCAACAGUGACUUUGUUUCUCUGGGCUUGGACGACGGGGCUCUCAUCUUCAGCUAUAACCUUGGAAGUGGUGUUGCCAUAGUAAUGAUCAAUGGAACCUUUAGUGAUGGACAAUGGCAUCGGGUCAAGGCAGUCAGAGAUGGCCAGUAUGGGAGCCUGACAGUGGACCACUAUGAGACCAGUACAGGGAGAUCACCAGGCAACAUGAGACAGCUGAAUACCAACAGCAUGGUGUACCUGGGUGGAAUGAAAGAGGUUGGCUUGUAUACCCAUGGCCAGUACCUGUGGGGCCUGGUGGGCUGCAUUUCUCAGCUCACCCUCUCUACUGACUACCACCUGUCCCUGGUAGAGGAUGCUGCCGCCGGCAAGAACAUCAACACAUGCCGGCCCUGACAGCUGCUAACCUCGUUUCCCUGGGCACUCAUUUACAGAGGGGACUCAUUUACAGAGGGGACUCAUUUACAGAGGGGACUCAUUUACAGAGGGGACUCAUUUACAGAGGGGACUCAUUUACAGAGGGGACUCAUUUACAGAGGGGACUCAUUUACAGGGGGGACUCAUUUACAGAGGGGACUCAUUUACAGAGGGGACUCAUUUACAGAGGGGACUCAUUUACAGGGGGACUCAUUUACAGAGGGGACUCAUUUACAGAGGGGACUCAUUUACAGAGGGGACUCAUUUACAGAGGGGACUCAUUUACAGAGGGGACUCAUUUACAGAGGGGACUCAUUUACAGAGGGGACUCAUUUACAGAGGGGACUCAUUUACAGGGGGGGACCAUGAGCAGACUAUAUCAUGUUUUAUAAUUAUGUUCAUAUUCACUGUAUGUCUUGGGAUGAACCCAAACACUCAAUUGAUGGUUAAACUUGCAAAUAUUUUAUUAUUUAUUGUUUUUUUACUGUAAAGAAUUUCCAUUGUUUUGAAAAUGUCUAUUUUUUGAUCUCAUGGGCAGUAGAGGCAUGAAACAGCCUUUUAGAAUCUCUUCGUGCCUGUUACUGAGGUGGGGUGUAGGGUUUUGUACUGUCAGAUACUGCCAUCCAGCUGUUUUGUGUAUUUAAUCCCGUAAUACAUGCAUUGUGUUUACUUUAUGUUCAUAUUCUUAACUCUUAACUUAUUAUUUCUUAUUGUUGUUGCAUUGUAGAGAAGGAACCUGCAAGUAAGCAUUUCCUUGGACAGUGUACACCAUGUGUAUCCUGUACAUAUGACGAAUACAACGUUCAACUUGCAUUGUAACCAUAUAUCUGUCAAAGGAAAUAUAUAGGAUGUAUAUGUGUUGCAAUAUGCGGAAGAUUUUAUGGAUGUGGAAAUAUAUACAAAUGCCAUAACAUGUCCUGACAUGCCUUUUUACAAACAUAAACAUUUUAAAUAGCA